AUGUUCUCGCUGCACAUGAUUGAGGAAAAGAAUCGUUAUCUUUCAGAAGACCUCAACCAGCCUACAACAGCAAUCGCGUCCUCAGUGGCGCCUAGUGAAACCGAGGACGCCGAGAUGGCCACUAAGAGCCCAACCGACGUGGAGGCAGCGCCGCCCGCGCACAUCCUCAAGAGCGGAUUAGUUGCCGACACCGAGGCUGUUGAGCCCCAUCGCGACCCAGACGACGAGACACAUCGACAGGACUUCCUCUCCCGGUUUGCCGCCGAUGAUGACCACCGUAUCAUGCGCAAGGUUGACUUGCGCUUCCUGCCGCUGAUGGGCUUCACGUACCUUGUGAUCUUCGAGGUCCCGAGUAACCUCGUCCUCAAAAAGGUCACCCCUCGGAAGUGGCAGACGCGCAUCUUCCUUUCGUGGGGAGUCGUGGUGGCUUGUCACGCCGCGAUCCAGAACAAGGAAGGGUUCUACGCUCUCCGCGUCCUCCUCGGGAUGAUGGAGGCAGGCUUCUUCCCCGGCCUCGCGGCGCAGAUGUGUAGCUGGUACCGGAGCAACGAGUACGGCCGGCCGAUAAUUUGGAUGUUCGCAUUCCAGAACUUCUCAGGUAUCAUCGGGUCGCUGUUCACGUAUGGAAUAUCGUACAUGGAUGGUCUGCAGGGACUGAGCGCGUGGCGAUGGGUCUUCCUCCUCGAAGGUCUGGGGACGAUCUUGUUUUCGGGUAUAGUCUACCUCGUCCUCCCGGAUUACCCGAAGUCGCCUCGCUCCUCAUCCUGGCUCACGCCCAAGGAACAGGAUUCCUCCUCAACAUCGCAGGGUACGGCCUCUCCUGGCAGCUCGCUCCCCACGAUAACCACUUCCCUGGGCUUCGCGGGACUCCCCCGCAACCAGCUGCUCAACAUCCUACCCGCAGCUGUCAGAGUGUUGGGUAUAAUCGGCGCGGCGUAUUCCCUCCGCCGCGCCGUCAUCGUCCGGCCGCUGUUCAUCCAGCUGCUGACCGCGGGGACGCUGGCCUUCUUCAUCGUGCUCUGCCUGCCCGUGAGCCGAAGCGCCACAUACGCGGCCUGCGUGCUCGGCACCGCCUUCUACUUCACCUACUUCACCUACUUCGUGCCCUUCUGGGCCUGGCGGAGCGCGACUCUGACGGGGUCCACGGGCACGGCCUUCACGCUGGCGCUGCAGACCUCGGUCGCGCAGGUCGGGGGCGUCAUCGCGCCGCAGGUCUUUCCAUCGAAGUGGGCGGGGGUCGGGUACAAGAAGUCCUUCACCGAUGAUAUCGCGGAGCGGGAAUUGCAAGUCCGCAUGAUGGGCGAUAUUUACUCUGCUGCGUCUACCACACUGAUAUGGCUGGGCGAGGAGGACGACCGUAUUACACGAGCGUUCGACUGCCUAAGACGGUUUCAGGAGACUUGGCUGCAUUUCAAAGAGCCCCGCAGUCUCGUUGAUAGCCCAGACAUUCCAGGAGGGAUCGCACUACAAGCCAGGCUUUCGGGGAAUAACUACUCAGGAGCGCGCGAUAUCCUGCAAGCUGCUUUCGGCGACGAAUUAAGUCAGACCAGUGCGUUCGAAGACAUUUGGAUCCUAUUACAACGGCCCUGGUUUAUGCGAAAGUGGGUGAUUCAGGAGGUGGUAAAGUCGAAAUCUCACAGACUGCUCUUCGUCGCUGGGGAAAAGUGGACGAACUGGGUGGACUUGAACUCUUGGUUCACGUUUCUUAUCCUGAGUGGUUAUAGUCUAGAUUUCAUCCUCUCAUGUCCAUGGGGAGUUGACUUCAACGCAUAUGACGACACAAACACUCAUUCUGUUUUUGUGAGAGGAGCCAUACUGGCCCAGGCUACUGUCAGCUCGGAAUGGCCUUUAUGCCGCCUUCUGGCAGUUACAGGAAUGUUCAAAUGUAUCGACCCAAGCGACCAUGUUAUUGCUUUGCUGGGGGUCGCCGGAGACUCCUCGAUAUUUGAAGAUCUCAUUGACUACGAAACCUCUACUGAUGAUCUCUGGCGCCGCCUCACCUGCGCCCACCUUAACAACGGCCUCUAUCUUAAGGUGUUGUGGUCCACUCUUACGGUAGUGCCGCUCAAACGGCGCCGAGGAAGUUCAUGGAUACCAAACAUAGAGGAAAUGAACUCUAAAGGCGCCAACUCUUAUUGGUCCAACCUCACCACGAAUUGGUGGAGAAUGGCAAAUGCAUGCGGGAGCACGGAGGUGGACGCAACCGCUAAUGGUAACAGUUAG